GAUAAGAUACAUACUAAAUAACACGAGGGUCUUGCCGAAUUACAAAUGUGACUGAUUAUACAUUUUACAUUUACAUUUUAGUCAUUUAGCAGACGCUCUUAUCCAGUGCGACUUACAGUAGUGAAUUCAUUCAUUUCAUUUCAUUUCAUGCAUUUAAAAAAUAAAAUAAUUUUUACUGGCCCCCCGUGGGAAUUCAAAAUAGCUCACAUAAACUAUACGGAUUAAUAUUAAAAAUGUUUUGCCUUUAUAAAUGUUUGUCCUAUAAGUCCUAUUUAUAGGCCUUUUGGUUGAAUGAAUGAGUGCUUUUGACUUCAACAAUGUAGCCUAGGCUACAUUUCAUUUAAAAUAGUAGGCCUAAACAUUUUCUUUCGACAAUUUGCUACUUUUAGCCUACUCUUGUCUGUGUUGCUAAAAUAAUGUCAGUGUUGUAGCCUAUAUGAUCAUCUGAUGUUGUAAUAUACUGUUUGUAAUAUAGGCCUUAACCGUUAUUUCGAAUAAACACAUAUUGUUUAUUUUAAAAUUAUAUACUGUAUCUGUCGGUAUUGGCGUAAGCUAUUUGUCCUUUUGCUAAAAUGAACAUGAUCAUAAUGCAAUUCACACUUGAGCUUAAUAUUUAAUAUGGCAAAUUUAUCUUAUUUCAAAAGAAAAAAAGCACAUAAAUGUAGAUAGGAAAUUAAUACAAAUAAGUAGCCUCCAUGAUUAAUGAAAUAGGCUACAACGAAAUUGUAAAUGAAACGAAAAGUGUGUUAAUACAGUUAAACUUGCGUUUGAUGUAUAGCAUGUUAUUAAUUUCUUAUUAGCCUAAAUGUAUAACUAUUCUUAGUUUUGUAUUAUCAUCAUUAUUACGUUCAAAAGUAGACUAUAAAUAGGGCCAUGAUCACACUGUCAUUCAUAUCAGCCUACUUUGUUUAGGGCUUCAGCGUAAUAACAGUAUGUGAAUAUCACAACUGAAAAAUUAAAGUUAGCAUUAUUUGAUCAGAGUGAGAGAUGGAUUCGCAGACGAAGCCUGAGCCGAUGCGCGUGCUCGUCACGGGCGGAUCCGGAUUGGUCGGGAAGGCCAUCGAACACGUGGUGAAACAAGAAGGCGGCUGUCUCGAGGGCGAGCAGUGGAACUUCCUCUGCUCCAAAGAGGCCAACCUCGUUUGUUCUGCCAGAGAUCUACAACAGACAAGAGCAGUGUUUGAGAAGUAUCGGCCCACCCAUGUCAUCCACCUGGCUGCCAAGGUGGGAGGACUCUAUCUUCACAUGAAGGAGAACCUACACUUUCUGAGGGACAACCUUCGCAUCAAUGACAAUGUGCUACAGACGUCUCACGAAAGGGGCGUCACCAAGGUGGUGUCCUGUCUGUCCAGCUGCAUCUUUCCUGACAAGACCACAUACCCUAUUGAUGAGAGCAUGAUCCACAAUGGGCCGCCACACGACUCAAACUUUGGCUACUCACAUGCCAAAAGAAUGAUUGAUAUUCAGAACAGGGGAUACUUUGUGCAGCAUGGGCGUCGCUACACCGCCGUAAUCCCGACUAAUGUGUAUGGGCCCUAUGACAACUUCAACUGUGAAAAUGGUCACGUGCUCUCGGCACUCAUGCAUAAGACAUAUGCUGCUAAAAAGGAGGGAACCCCUCUACAGGUGUGGGGCUCCGGAACACCCAGGAGACAAUUCAUCUACUCUCUGGAUGUAGCACGUCUGUUCCUCUGGGUGCUGCGGGAGUAUGAUGAGAUUGACCCCAUCAUUCUCUCUGUGGGGGAGGAGGAGGAGCUCCCCAUCAAGGACGCCGUAGAGAUGAUUGCAGAUGCCCUGGACUUCAAAGGCCAAAUAGUUUUCGACACCAGCAAGUCAGACGGUCAGAUGAAGAAGACGGCCAGCAACGCCAAGCUGCGACGCUACCUCCCUGACUUCACCUUCACGCCGCUCUCUGAAGGUAUCAAGAAGACCUGUGAUUGGUUCGUGAACAACUACGACAUAGCCCGAACAUGAAGACCAAUGAAGAUAGAGACAGUGAACUCUGAUUGUUUAAUGAAAAAGAAGGGCUACGUCCCAAUACUA